AAAAAAGAAUUGCUACAGAAGAGUGAAUGAGUGAGAUUCAUGUGAGUCGCUACACACACUGACUCUCUCUCUCUCUCUCUCUCUCUCUUUAUCUCACUUUGAAUCAAAAGCAACAAACUUGUUAAAACCCAACAACCCCUUUUUGGUGUUAUAUUUGAGCGCUGAGCCUUCUUCUUCUGGGUUUGGUUUUAAUGGCUUCAAGUGCUUCAAGGUUCAUCAAGUGUGUGACAGUUGGAGAUGGGGCUGUUGGGAAGACCUGCAUGCUUAUUUGCUAUACAAGUAACAAAUUCCCCACUGAUUAUAUACCCACAGUGUUUGAUAACUUCAGUGCAAAUGUGGUGGUUGAAGGCACCACUGUUAACUUAGGACUCUGGGACACAGCUGGGCAAGAGGAUUACAAUAGAUUAAGGCCAUUGAGCUACAGAGGAGGAGAUGUCUUUGUCUUAGCUUUCUCACUAGUUAGUCGUGCAAGCUACGAAAACGUACUUAAAAAGUGGAUCCCUGAACUUCAGCAUUAUGCCCCUGGCAUUCCCGUGGUUCUGGUUGGCACCAAAUUGGAUCUUCGUGAGGAUAAGCACUAUUUGGCUGAUCAUCCAGGAAUGGUGCCUGUGACGACUGCACAGGGUGAGGAACUCCGUAAACAGAUUGGUGCUGCAUAUUAUAUAGAAUGCAGCUCAAAAACUCAGCAGAAUGUGAAAGCAGUUUUUGAUGCUGCAAUCAAGGUGGUUAUCAAACCACCACAGAAGCAAAAAGAGAAGAAGAAAAAGCCACGUCGCGGAUGCCUAUUAAAUGUUUUUCGUGGGAGCAGUUUCGUGUGUCUCAAAUGAAACAAUCUACCUAAGCUUUGACCUUGGCUAUGUCACCCAGAAGAUUUCCAUUGUAGUCAGGCUGUAAGGAUCCUGUUAGAUUUAUUUCCAUGUGAUGUCUGAAGAAAUAUCGGAGCUCUAUGGCUAUUUUCUUUCACUUUCUUUUUCUGUUUUUAUUUUUAUUUUUUAUUAUUAUAAUUAUCAGGAAAUCGUAUAUCCUUGGAAACUAAUCUUUGUGUUAUUUGUUCAUUGUAAAGAAUUGAAGUUGAAAGGUUUUUCUUUUUCUUUUUCUCAAACAAGAGACUGGUUUGCUAUUCAUAGUAGUCA